UCGGCCGUUGAAAGGCGGGCUGCUCCCGCUGGCUUCGUCCGGGGCGGCUCUCCCAGCCUCCUUUCUCCGCCUCCGGGUCCACCUCCCCCGGCUGGCCGCCAACAAGCGGGCAAAGGCGGGAGAAACGGCCAGCCGAGGCGCGACGAUGGCGCUGCUCUUCUCCGCUCUCCGGGUGCUGCUGGGCCUUUUCUUCGCCGUCUGCGGGGUCGUCAAGCUCACCGACCGGAUCGCCGGCGAUGCCCACCGGCAGCUGAAAACCCAGUUUGUGCAAUUUGCAGAUGUCUUCCCUUUGAAGGAGUUUGGCUACAAGCCAGAGCCAGGACUGUACAUGGAAACGUUGGGCUGGAUUGAACUGAUAGGAGGCUUUCUUUUAGCCUUCGGGCCUCAACUGCUGCAAGAAAUCAGCAAUUUUGUGCUUACCGUGAUCAUGAUAGGUGCCAUCUACUCGCUCCUGGUUCUGAAAGAGCCUUUAGCCAUGUGCGUUCCAGCCACUGUCUCCUUGGGCCUUUUGCUGCUCCUCAACAUCCGUGGAAGAGACAAGUGUGUGAAGUCAAAGUCUGAAUGAAGCGAGGAGAAGGAGAUCUGGAGAGAUAGGAAGGAUCCAAAGCGAAGCUCUUGAAAGAACAGACAACAUGUGUUUCCCAUCCUGCUCACUGACUAAUCUGAUCAUGUGGACUUUACAGUGUGUAAUCCAGAAACGGGGUUAGAUCUUUACGGUCGUGACCUAUUUGGGGCCCUGCUUUAAUUGUCAGCUUUGCCAGUUUUCCAUCCCUUUUUAGACCUGACUGGAGAUCUUGUCUUCACUACAAAACCAGUUGCUCUCUCUUCGAUCAGUGGAUCCUUAUUGUGUCCAGGCCAGGAGACAACACGGAGCAGAAGAAAAUAACCACAUUACAAGGGGCCGAAAAUGAGGGUUGGAUGGGAUUGUUGUUGGGCCCCAAAGAAUAUUAUUGAGGGUAAAAAGACCCUGGAAUUCUGCAGAAUGAUGUUAAUCAAAGGGCUCAGAUAGAUGUUGCAUCAGUUGUAUAUUGUACUGCUUCAUUUCUGGAUUUUAUUAACUUUGCUAUCAACCCAUCUUGGCCUGAUCUAGAUUAGGACUUAUUUUUGUGGGUCGAGGAAACCUACGUUAAUCACUAUUCCUCAUCCCUUUCCAAAGAAUUAAAUUUAAUUCCAUUUACCUGCUUAAAAAAACCCAAAACCAUAGGCAUCGAGCAAAGGUGCUUUUUAUCAUUCCAGUUUUGUUAAUUGCUCGUGAAUUUGGUGAAAUAAAAGGAGAAUUGAAUAGCUUUCUUCUAA